AUGUUUAUUUUAAUAUGUAUAUUAGUCUUAACUUACUCUAUUCAAUUACCAAUAGAAGAAACUGAUAAUAUUGAAGUGUUGUAACUAGUUUCCAGUGAUCAAUUCUCGGAAUAGCAAUUAAAAAAAGUUGAAAACAAUUAAUAGUUGUUUCUAUUAGAAAUUGCAAAUUAUUUGGAAGGAACCACAAUAAAUACAUUAUUAGGUAAAACAAAAUAAUAACCAUAGGUUUAUAAACUAAAGAUAGUCAAUCAAAACGAAUAAUUAUUGCAACUAUACUCUCAAUUGUAUUAAUUGUUAUUUGUUGUGUACUCAUUCAAUUAAUAUUGGAUAUGUCUAAAAGAUGUAAAAUAAAGUUGAGUAGAGAAAGUACUCUAAUGGAAGCUUAAUGA